CAGGAAAUGGUACAGUUGUUACUGUGCAGCUGGAUGUUGCUGAACAACGUUUCUAUGAGCUUGCUGUUGAAUCUCUCUGUUCAGAAUGGCAAAGAACCCUAGUUUUCAGGAAGCUGGUCACCUGCCUACCAGCUACGUCCACUGUAGAUCUUCAGACAGCUUUACUGGCUACCAAUAUCACCAUCCCUCCAAGAUGAGUAACAGCCAUCCGCUUCGUCCGUACACAGCUGUGGGCGAGAUUGACCACGUUCACAUCCUGUCAGAGCAUAUCGGAGCGCUAAUGAACGGGGAAGAAUACAGUGACGUUACCUUUAUUGUAGAAAAGAAACGUUUUCCGGCACACAGAGUGAUCUUGGCUGCUAGGUGCCAUUACUUCAGAGCAUUAUUGUAUGGUGGAAUGAGAGAAUCUCAGCCUGAAGCAGAAAUUCCUCUUCAGGACACCACUGCAGAAGCAUUUACCAUGCUGUUGAAAUAUAUUUACACUGGUCGUGCUACACUACGAGAUGAGAAAGAGGAGGUUCUCCUAGACUUCCUAAGCCUAGCACAUAAAUAUGGGUUCCCAGAACUGGAGGAUUCCACAUCUGAAUAUCUUUGCACAAUACUUAAUAUUCAGAAUGUCUGUAUGACAUUUGAUGUUGCCAGUCUUUAUUCCCUUCCCAAAUUAACUUGUAUGUGCUGUAUGUUCAUGGAUAGAAAUGCCCAAGAGGUGCUCUCCAGCGAAGGCUUCCUAUCACUUUCUAAGGCUGCUCUUCUAAGUAUUGUACUGAGAGACUCAUUUGCAGCUCCUGAGAAGGACAUUUUCCAAGCUUUGAUGAAUUGGUGUAAACAUAACCCCAAGGAAAACCACGCUGAAAUCAUGCAAGCAGUACGUUUGCCACUAAUGAGUCUAACAGAAUUACUAAAUGUUGUAAGACCUUCUGGAUUGUUGUCACCUGAUGCCAUCCUAGAUGCCAUUAAGAUUCGUUCCGAGAGUCGGGACAUGGACCUGAACUACAGGGGCAUGUUAAUACCAGGGGAAAAUAUUGCAACAAUGAAGUAUGGAGCGCAGGUUGUAAAAGGGGAGCUGAAGUCUGCUUUAUUAGAUGGGGAUACGCAGAACUACGACUUGGAUCAUGGCUUCUCUCGACACCCAAUCGAUGAUGACUGCCGUUCUGGAAUUGAAAUUAAACUAGGCCAGCCGUCAAUAAUCAACCACAUACGAAUACUCCUGUGGGACAGAGAUAGUCGGUCCUAUUCCUACUACAUUGAGGUGUCCAUGGAUGAAUUGGACUGGAUUCGGGUUAUCGAUCACUCUAAAUACCUCUGUCGGUCCUGGCAGAACCUGUAUUUUCCUGCCCGUGUCUGCAG